CUGGUCAUCCACCUGCUGACUGGAGAGAGCUGUAGCUGUGAAGAACAUUUGAAUGGCAGUAACUGUGUUGAGUGUCAGGUCCCAACCUCACGACAUCCAACUGAAGUCAAGAUGAGCAAGGACGGGAAUCAAGUGACUAAGAGAAUCUUGGAACUCACCCUGAAGAUUAUUAACUUACUGACGGGAGAGGAUUAUUUUGUUGUCCGGAAGCCUGGCGACCUUGUCACACACAACACCAGUACGCAUAAGUCAGUAGGUUCCUGUAAAACCCCGAACCCCAGCAUAGUACCUCUUCCUUACUCCUUGAUACACGAGAGAAAUUAUGACAAAAAGAUCCUGGAACUGACCAACAAUAUCAUCCACCUGCUGACUGGAGAGGUUCCUGCAGCAUGUGAAGAUGUCACUGUCUAUCUCUCUAUGGAGAAGGUGGAGUAUUUAGACAGACACAAAGAUCUCCACAGGGAUGUAAUGACGCAUCACCAGCCUCUUAAUUCUCUGGAUGGAUUGAUGGGGAGAAAUACACCAGAUGAAUUUAACAAUGUAUUUUCAUUGCGGGAUUGUAAUAAUGAAGAUAGAGACAACCUUAAAACUGUACAUAGAAAGACAGCGAGAGAAUUGUCUAGAAUAUCUGAAAUACACAUAGUUAAGGAAUCUCUCCUUGAUGGUAAAGAAAACAUUACUUUAACACAUACGGGUCUUAUAUCUACUCAUAUUAAGGAGGAACCAGCCCCAUGUGUAGAAAGAAAUAUCACAGAUAUUAACACUCGUACAUCAAUAAAACAGAAGCAGACUGAAAAUACAUCUACUCAUAUUAAAGGGGGAUCAACCUCAUUUACAGAGGAAAAUCUUAAAGGUAUGGACAUUUAUCCACCCACAGAACAUGCACAUAGUGGAGAAACAUCAGUUCAUAUUAAGGAGGAAUAUUCCUCAUGUGAAGAAGGAAGAAGUCUCAGAGACAUGGACCCUUAUAUUCCGAUAGUACACACACACACUGGAGAUACAACUAUGCAUAUUAAAGAGGGAUUAGCCUUAUCUGCUGAAGAAAACCUCAUAGACUUGGGCAUUUAUAAAACCACAGAACAUGCACACAGUGGAGAAACAUCAGCUAAUAUUAAGGAGGAAUUAUCUUCAUGUGAAGAAGGAAGAAGUCUCAGAGAUGUGGACACUUUUACUCCCAUAGAACAGAAACAGACUGGAGAUGUAACUAUGCAUAAAAAAGAUAGAUCAGCCUCAUCCGCUGAAGAAAACCUUAUAGACAUUGCCAUUUAUCCACCCACUGAACAUGCACACACUGAAGAUGCAUCUUCUUAUAUUAAGGAAGAAUCAACCUCAAGAGGAGAAGGAAAUCUCACUAAACCCACAGAACAUACACUGACUGAAGAUACAUCUACUCAUAUAAAGGAAGAAUUAGCUUCAUGUGAAGAAGGAAAUAUCACUGACAUUAAUACACCCACAGAACAUACGCAGAUUGAAGUUACGUCUACAUGUAUUAAAGAGGAAAUGGCUACAUGUGAAGAAGCAAGUCCCAUAGGCACUUACAUGAGUACACCUACAGAUCAUACACAGAGAGAUUAUCCAUCUACUCUUAUUAAUGAUAAGUCAGCCUCGUGUGGAGAAAUGAAUCUCGCAAACUCUGACAUUCAUAUACAGACAGAAUAUCAAUCUAUUCAGAUUAAGGAUGAGAAAUCAGACUCAAGUCAAGAAAGAAUUCUCAAAGACACUGACAAUUCUACACCCACAGAACAGACAAGGACAGAAGAUACUUUUACUCGUAUUAAGGAGGAAAACCCCAUAAAUUCUGCCAAUUCUACAUACCCGGUACCUACACAGACAGAAUGUCCAUUGUUUCAAAUUAGUGUGAAGUCAGGAUCAGGUAAACAAGGACAACUCACAGGUGCUGGCAUUUAUAAACACACAGAACAUACAGAGACUAAAUCUACUCAUGUUGGGGAUACAUCAAACCUGUAUGAUGAAGACACUAUGGAAAUUGAUGAAUGUACAUCCAUUGGUCAAAGAUCUGAUCACACAAAAGAGGUGCCUUCCUCCAGUAAGGAGCAAAGUCUGAUAGUUGGCGACCUUUCCUUUGGACAUACAGACAUACAAUCUGGUGCUAUUCCAGAACAUAAUCAGUGUGAUGGGAAUAUAUCCCCUGAUACAGAGGAUAGAAGUUCAAACAACAUAGAGAAAAUGUAUUAUUGCUCUGUGUGUCACAAAAGUUUUACUAACAAAUCAGAAAGAUUUAGACACCAGAAAAGUCACAAAGAAAAGAAGCUGUCUUGCACUGAUUGUGGCAAAUGCUUUCAUUAUAGAUCUGAACUUCUUAUUCACGAAAGAACACAUACAGGGGAGAAACCAUUUGUGUGUCAAGAGUGUGGGAAAGGUUUUGCCCAGAAUUCCUUCCUUAUUGCCCAUCAGAAUGUCCAUCUUGGAGAUAAAACACUUGUAUGUCCUGAAUGUGGGGAAACAUUUAAAGAUAACUUAGAAUUUGUUAAGCACCAGAAAAGUCACAAGGAGAAAAGGCUGUCUUGUUCUUAUUGUGAGAAGCGUUUCUUUUAUCAAUCAGAUCUCACCAUACAUCAUAGAACUCACACUGGAGAAAAACCCUUUACUUGCACUGAUUGUGGAAAAAGUUUUGUCAGGAAUUCUUUUCUUGUUGCCCACAUGAGCAGCCACACAGGACAGAAGCCAUUUGCAUGUACUGACUGUGAGAAAUCUUUUUCUAGUAACAAUGAUCUCGUUAAACAUCAGAAAAUCCACAAAGAAAAAAAACUGGUGUGCUCUGAUUGUGGAAAACGCUUUCUUUAUAAAUCAGAACUUGCUACACAUCAACGAUCUCACACAGGAGAGAAAGAAUUUGUGUGCUCUUAUUGUGAAAAGGGUUUUGCUUGCAAUUCACACCUUAAUGCUCAUCUAAAGAUUCACAUGGGAGAGAAACCAUACAAAUGCUCUUUUUGUGGAAAAGGUUUUGUCCAAAAAGUAGUUCUGGACAAGCAUGUGAAAGUUCAUAUGGGACAAAAGCCCUAUGUGUGCAAAGAAUGCGGAAAGGGUUAUAUUGAUCAACGAAGUCUUGUCAAGCACCAGGUUAUACAUGCUGAAACACAGUUCCCAUGUCCUGACUGUGGGAAAUGCUUUUCCAAUAAUGCUAGUCUUAUAAACCAUCAGAAAAUUCACUCUAGUGAAAAUCCCUUCACUUGUUCCUUCUGUGGCAAAGGAUUCGGUAGUAAUUCACUUCUUAUUGCUCACGAGAGGUGUCACACUGGAGAAAAGCCAUUUUUAUGCUCCGACUGUGGAAAAGGCUUCAGCAGAAAGUCAACUCUUGUUGCACAUCAGAGAAUCCACACUGGAGAGAAACCAUAUGAAUGUACAGACUGUGGAAAGCGGUUUACACAGAAAUCUGAACUUAUUACACAUCACAAGAUUAAGAAGGGAGAACGAUCAUAUUCUUGCACUGAAUGUGGAAAAUGUUUUGUCCUAAAAAGCUGCCUGAGUAGACAUUUAAGAAUUCAUGCAGUAAAAGAGUAAACAUUAGUUUACAAUAAAAUAAAUACGUAUAUAUUUUGAAACAAAUUGAUGUUGACAUUUGGAAUGUCAUAUUGAGCUAUCUCCACUGCCCUAAUACAAAAAUAAAAUUAC